GGCCGAGAGCCGGAGAGUUGCGCCAGUCACACUUGGAGAAGAGCUAACGGGACAGCGCUGCAGGCCAAUCGCAGUGAGUCCUCUGGAGGCCGGAGACUGGGGUGGAGAUUCGGAGACUGCAGUUGCAGUUGUUCCGUGUAGGUGACUCUUCUUAUGAAAGCCCUCGUGAUCAAAGUCCACUGCGGGUGUUGGCCCAGGGAAAAGUUAGUCUCUGCAGAUGAAUGUAAAUGCCUAACUUUGUGGUAGAUUAAAUGCCAUAAUGUUGGAUUCAGCCGAUUCCCUUCUGCCUUUGGCUGUCAGCGAAUGUCAGCUAACGGCCAGUAUUCUAAGAACAAGUGGAAUUGGCUAUGGAUAAUUCAUAUGAUUUCAAUCGACGAAACUCAUGUAAUGGAAUUCCAUCUGAGAAGAAAAACAACUUCCUUGUGUCAGAAGAUCAUGGACAGAAAGUCUUAAGUGUACUGCAGAAUUUUAGAGAACAAAAUGUCUUUUAUGAUUUCAAAAUAAUCAUGAAAGAUGAAAUAAUCCCAUGUCAUCGUUGUGUGUUAGCAGCAUGCAGUGACUUUUUCAGGGCUAUGUUUGAAGUGAACAUGAAAGAAAGAGAUGGUGGAAGUGUUACCAUUACUAAUUUGUCCUCCAAAGCAGUUAAAGCAUUUCUUGAUUAUGCCUAUACUGGAAAAACAAAGAUAACAGAUGAUAAUGUGGAAAUGUUCUUCCAGUUGGCAUCGUUUCUCCAAGUUUCCUUCCUAUCCAAGGCCUGCAGUGACUUUUUAAUAAAAAGUAUUAAUCUUGUCAAUUGUUUACAGUUAUUAUCUAUAUCAGAUAGCUAUGGCUCUACUCGUUUGUUUAAUCAUGCAUUAUACUUUGUACAACAUCACUUUUAUUUAGUAUUUAAAUCCAGUGAUUUCUUAGAGAUGAAUUUUGGAGUACUGCAAAAAUGUCUGGAAUCAGAUGAAUUAAAUGUUCCUGAAGAAGAAACCGUGCUGAAAGUUGUCCUUAGUUGGACUAAACAUAACUUAGAAUCAAGGCAAAAGCAUCUGCCUCAUUUGAUUAAAAAAGUAAGAUUACAUCAGUUAUCUGAGGAGACACUUCAAGACUGUCUGCUCAGUGAAGAGUGUUUACUCAAAAGCACAGACUGUUUUGACAUAAUCAUGGAUGCAGUUAAGCGUGUGCAAGGUUCUGGUGGACUUUUCCCUGAUGCUCGACCAUCCACAACUGAAAAAUAUAUAUUUGUUCAUAAAACUGAGGAAAAUGGAGAAAGUCAAUAUACAUUUUGCUAUAAUAUUAAAACUGAUUCAUGGAAGGUACUGUCACAAUCACACCUGAUUGACUUGCCAGGAUCUAGUCUGUCUAGUUAUGGAGAGAAAAUAUUCUUGACAGGUGGUUGCAAAGGGACAUGUUGUAGAACCGUUAGGCUCCAUAUUGCAGAGUCCUAUCAUGAUGCCACUGAUCAAACCUGGUGCUACUGUCCAGUCAAAAAUGAUUUCUUCUUGGUAUCGACUAUGAAAACACCAAGAACCAUGCAUACAUCAGUUAUGGCUCUCAAUAGAUUAUUUGUCAUAGGUGGAAAGACUAGAGGAUCUCAGGACAUUAGAAGUCUCUUAGAUGUUGAAUCUUACAACCCUCUUUCCAAAGAAUGGAUAUCUGUUAGCCCAUUACCCAGAGGCAUAUACUAUCCUGAAGCAAGUGCAUGCCAAAAUGUAAUUUAUGUCCUUGGAUCAGAAGUAGAGAUUACAGAUGCCUUUAACCCAUCACUUGAUUGCUUUUUUAAAUAUAAUGCUACGACUGAUCAGUGGUCUGAACUAGUAGCAGAGUUUGGGCAGUUUUUUCAUGCAACGCUAAUUAAAGCUGUCCCAGUAAACUGCACACUGUAUAUAUGUGACCUUUCCACCUAUAAGGUUUAUAGUUUUUGUCCAGAUACUUGUGUUUGGAAGGGUGAAGGAUCUUUUGAAUGUGCAGGCUUUAAUGCAGGUGCAGUUGGAAUUGAAGAUAAAAUUUAUAUAUUAGGUGGUGAUUAUGCACCAGAUGAAAUCACAGAUGAAGUGCAGGUCUACCACAGCAGCAGGUCUGAGUGGGAAGAAGUUGCACCCAUGCCAAGAGCCUUAACUGAAUUUUACUGCCAGGUGAUUCAGUUUAACAAAUACAGGGACCCAUGGUUUUCUAAUCAUUUCUAAAACUAGUGUGUGCUUAGACAUUCUAACGCUAUUCCAGUUCUAGAAACCUACAGGAAAUAUGUCAACCUUAAUAGUUGAUAAAAAGGUCUUCACAUCUUAAUAAAAUAAAACGUUCCUUCUAUUAGAGAAUUACUAUGAAUGUACACUGUAUAUGAAUUAGCACUUCCCAGAAACUUAAAAUACAAAAUACGUUUUACCAAAAAUUAUAUUGAAUAUAAUUUAAUCUUGGAGAUCCAGAAUAUUUAGUAUUUUCAUAUGUAAAUAAAACCCAUAGGCUUUGAUGUUUUGAUUUUUAAAGUACUAUAUCCAUGAAAGGCUAAUGAAAACAAAGUUCACAGAUUUAUACUAUUUAGAUGGGAGAGAUCUCUUUAGGUAAUAAAAAUGAAUUAUUUACACUAUAUUAUAUGAAGUGAAAAGUAAAUUAGAAAGAGGUGAGAAUCCUACCUUGUUACUACAGGUAUAAGUGUUGUUGAGCUUCUAUUCUUUCUGAUCAUUGGUUAGCUUCUUUUAAGCCUUCUUUUUCUUUCACUGUUUUUUUGGUCAGAAGUUUUUCUAAAAUGCAAUGUAUUUCCCCAGCCUUUUAAAUUGUACAGUAAACAUGGAUUAACUAUUUUUACUCUUCAUUAACAACAUAAUGUACCAUGUUAUAAUGCCAUAAUGCCAUCGGCAGUUACUGAAAUGCUUCUGAAAUUGCUGAUUCCAUUAGUUCUCAGUGUUGUUUGGUUUGAAUUUCUAGCAGUAUCAUAUUUUUAUUUUCUAACUCAAGCUCAGUAAAUUAACAUUCUUGAUUAAAUUAGUAGUUCUAUGUUAACACCUGAUCUGAGUUUAUCUUAACAUGUAACCCAUUGAAUGAUGUUCUUGGAUUCUGUGAUGAUAGUCCUAAAAUCCUUUUUCUGUUAUCAUUGGCAGGUUCCAACAUAAUUGAGGAUGUAGAAAAUCUGACCUCUAGAUAAGCAGAUCAUUAUUGUUGCAUUUCCUAACCUCUUAAAUGUCCAAAUUUGAGUUACAAUAAGAAAUUUCAGGGUUUAAAUUAGUACCAUGUCAGUUUUCUGUGAUGAUAUAUACCAACUGUAAAGCACUGUGUGUUGGUUUACUACUUCAGUAAAUUAUUCAUAGUGAAUUAUUUUCUAAAUUCAAAAAAAUGAUUGGGCUUUUGGUAUACAUAGUAGUAUUCACAACCUGCAUUUGUUUAAAUGUUUAAUCAUCUUUAACCCAAACAGUGGAAGAGUAUCAAUUAUCCUUGUUCUCAGGAUGAUUCUGCCUUGCAAGAGGGUAUGUUUCUUUAAUUGGUUUAAAAGAUAUAAGCAUUUUAGGUUUUAAGACCCCUGCUUUACAUCUCAGGUAAUGUAUAGAUUGGAUUUCUCUAGAAUCAAGUGUAGUUUCCCACACUCUGCAAAUAUUAAUCUGUUGUAACUGUACAUAUUUUUUAGAGGUGUGUUCCUGUAAGUAUGGAAAUAUACUUAAAUGAAGGUCCUUUUAUUUUACCAUAUAAAUUUAUGCAAUCAUAUGUUUCAAAUAUAUUUUUCAAAAUACAAUAGGAUAAUAGACUACAUUAUCAUGCAAUUCCAAAAUCAGGGACUGUCCCUAAUCAGAUGACAGUUACAUAAAAAGUAUUCUGUAGACCUGGUGGCCUUCCUCCCUACCUACUUUAGUUGCCUCUGCCUUUUCCUCUGUGUGUGUGUGUGUGUGUAAGAAAAAAAGAAAAUUCAAUAGAGGCUUUUGUGUGUGUGUGUGGCUUUGAAAACAAAUUAUUUGAGAAAGACCAUAACACAGUGGGUGACCUAUAUGUGGAUUUACUGAACGGUUAAUUUAAGCAUAUAUAAAUAAUUAAAGUAUGUUUAAAAUAAGUACUGUUUUAAUCACUAACUCUAGGAAUUGUUAAUCUCUUCUAGAAAGAAGAAACUAAAACAAAAUGGAAUCCCUUCCUGAUCUUGUUUCAUUAUCAAAUCAUCUUUAUUUCCACCAUUCUUGUCAUUGGCCAUUGAUUUAUGUUUCUAGAAAUAUCCUUGUUAUCAAGGCCUAGGUGGCUCCCCCUGCAUUUGAUUCAAUACGCUUUCUAAUGCACAAGGUUUUCUGCCUUAGUUUCUACAAUUGCUGCAGGUUACUUGUUAAUCAUUUUCACUUAUUGCCGUCUCUUUACAUCUGCACCUGAGUGCUCUUUAUCAAUUACAACUGCAAGAAAAGUACUCUGUCUAAUCAUAAAGCCCCAAACUCUUCCUUUAUUUACUGUUCUCUUUCCUGGGCACUGUAGCAAUCUGUGCUGGGCUUGGCUCCAUUAAUAAUUGAUCUUGUCCUCUUUCAUUUUGCAUCUUGUAAAGUUAGAACUUUCAUUUGAUGUGUCUGCCUUAUCAAAAAAUGUUAUGUGUG